ACACAGCAGAGAGACGUCCAGGCAGUGACCUCGCCUCUAAUCCAGAGCAAAACCCCUGGCAUUCAGCAGUACUGUGCAAAGCUUAGUGCCAGUCUCCUGCACAGUGAGAAGAGACCUGUGCCACCCUCUCCUUACCUGCUGCUUCUGCUUGCACACAGUAAGAAACCCUGUUUUGUAGAGGUGCAAGCUUGGUGCCAGUCUCCUGCACAGUGAGGACAGUGCCAGCUUUAAGUGCCAAUUCCUUGCUACCAGAAAACAGAGAGAGGGAGUCUGCAGCACAAGGGGUGCAGAGCAGUGUGCAGAGCCCACAGCAAGCACAAUAAGGAAAAGAAGAGAUAUAUCCAGCAGACACAGGAGGGGAAGUACAGAGCAAGCAACAGGCAGUGCAGCCUCCUGAAACUUUUCUCCAAGCUGAUAUCUUAGCCCUCACACACACAGCACCAGGGAGAGGGACACUGAAGGACCAGCUCCUGGGGAUCUGCCAGUGGAAACUACCUGGAAAACAUCAGAACCUUCAGACUUCUUAGACUCCUUGCUGGCAUGGAGGACCUAAAGAAGCAAUGCCCUGAAACAACACAGGAUCCAGGGAAGGAAUCCAGCAGAUACCUGACCAGAAUGUCCAGCUCCCAGAUGGAUUUUUUGCAGGAAGUCACAGGCCCUGGGGACCUGUCAUUGGAUAGUCUUCUAUAUAUGAAAGCAGAAGACACCUAUGAGAAGAGAGGAGGACCAGGAUCUUCUGAUAACAAUGAGCUGGAUAAUGUCCUGGACUGCAUCAUGGACUCUUCAGCCUCAGCCCACCAACACCUAUGGUCUCACUGUGAUAUUCCUGAGAUACAUGGAAUAGCAGGUAAGACUUCAGGUGGCUCCAAAGAUGGCAUUGUAGACAUCAGGGUUUGGACUGACGCCACAACAUCUGGAAAGAAGAUAAGUCCAGACAGAACCACCCUGGAGGACUUUACUGAAGACCAGUCAUCUGUGAAAAGUGGUGUCAUGGGAGCUGUGCCCAGUAGGCAUCUACCCUUGGUACCUGAAGCAAACAUUGCUAUGCCAGAUCUGGGUAUGAAUGUGUUAUACCUAUCUGGAACAGACUCCAUAGAAGCAGAUGGCCAUGACCAAAGGUCUUCUCCCCCCAUCCCAUCCCAGCAUCCCGCUUUACAUCCUGGAGAUGGACAGAUCAAGCAGGAAGGAUCUGAGGUCUUACUAUUUCAUCCUACAAAAGUAAGAGCUUUGCACCAGGAUUAUAAAUUAUCCACCUCGGGUCCUGGUACCCCUGAAACUGACCAGUCUUUGGAUUACAUCCUCUGCAAAACUGAGUCUGAAACAGAGUACCAAACCUAUAGACCCCACAUGGGUAAACCAGCAGAAGGCCAGGUUCAGGUUGUACCUUCACCCUCUAACCCCCAGCAAAACAUCUACCAAGCUAUGAGUCCUAAUGGGCAACAACAGCAUUUGUACCAGUCAGGAGGAGUGCGAGAUACCUAUCUACCACAGAUUCUUCUACCCUAUGUCCAGUACUUCAGGUCUGAAGAACCGGAUCAGACAUCCCAAUACGGCUUUGACUCUUCACCCCAGAAGAUCUGUUUAAUCUGUGGAGAUGAGGCAUCAGGAUGUCAUUAUGGGGUCCUCACCUGCGGGAGCUGUAAGGUCUUCUUUAAGAGAGCUGUAGAAGGGCAGCACAAUUACUUAUGCGCUGGACGGAAUGACUGUAUUGUGGAUAAAAUCAGAAGGAAGAAUUGUCCGUCCUGUAGACUGAGAAAAUGCUGCCAAGCUGGAAUGAUUCUGGGAGGUCGGAAGUUAAAAAAAUUUAACAGAAUGAAGCCAGGAAGAGAGAUGGAGACAGUGGUCAUUCAGCAGCCCAGGAAACUUGAAAGUCAACAGGUGCUGGACCAAAGACUAUCUACCAGUCAAAAUCAAGAAAUACAGUAUAUACCAGAACUCCUGCAGAUAUUACAGAGUAUAGAGCCAGAGGUUUUAUAUGCGGGCUACGAUAACACUCAGCCGGAGACACCUAGUGCUUUGUUGUGUAGCCUCAACCAGCUGUGUGAGCGGCAACUCCUCUGUGUUGUAAAGUGGUCAAAAUCUCUACCAGGAUUUAGGACUCUCCACAUUGAUGAUCAGAUUACCCUCUUGCAAUAUUCAUGGAUGAGUUUGAUGGUGUUUGCCAUGGGGUGGAGGUCGUACCAGCAUGUCAGCGGGCAGAUGCUUUAUUUUGCCCCAGAUUUAAUAUUGAAUGAGCAACGAAUGAAAGAUUCGUCAUUUUACACCCUUUGUCUGUCAAUGAGACAGCUACCGCAGGAAUUUGUGAGGUUACAAAUCACCCAAGAAGAAUUCCUGUGUAUGAAGGCUCUGCUACUCCUGAACACAAUUCCUUUGGAAGGUCUCAAAAGCCAAAGUCUUUUCGAUGAGAUGAGGUCAAACUACAUAAGAGAAUUGGCAAAAGCGAUCGGCUUAAGACAUAAAGGAGUUGUUGCAAGUUCCCAGAGGUUCUAUCAUCUAACUAAAGUUAUGGACUCCAUGCAUGAGCUGGUGAAGAAGCUCCAUCUCUAUUGCCUCAACACUUUCCUCCAGUCCCGGGCGCUGAGUGUGGAAUUCCCUGAGAUGAUGACUGAAGUGAUUUCGGCGCAGUUACCCAAGAUCCUCGCCGGCAUGGUAAAGCCGCUCAUCUUUCACAAAAAGUGAAUACCCCUCUCCACCGCUGACUUAUUUAUUUUCCGUUUAUGGUAGCUCUUGUCUCAUCAUAUAGUAAUGUCCUGGCUAACAUGGCAGUAAAGAUUGGCAGAAGAGCUAGCACUCAAAUAAGCCUCUCUGACUACGUUUUUUCUUCAGGUUGGUCAUGUUGUCCCACCAACUGUAUACAGAUGUGACAGCGGGCAACAUUUUUCAGCAGCGUGCUACUGUUUACGUGGCGCUCUACGCUAUUAGCAUGGCGCACAUUCAGUGGCCCGAUGGUUAUUUCAUAUGUUGCUUUACGAGUACAACGUUCCUCUGCUUAUACUGUAUUUAAAGUGAACUUGACACAUUAAACUGAUACAACAUUCCCGAUAAGUGUCCCUGCUUUUUGCG